GCAUGUGGCGCAGACGGAGAUUGAGCGAGCGCGAGAGAGAGAGAGAGGGGGCGGAGUCAAAGAGCAGCGAGUCACGUAGCUUAACUCGGCUAACAGCGAAGAUCAGUCGGGAUGGAUAUGAGCAGCAGUGAGUGUUUUGGAUGCGGUCGCUCAGGACACUGGGUGAAGAACUGCCCCAAUGCGGGGCGUGGCCGUGGGCGGGGCAGAGGUCGAGGGAAAGAUCUGUUCUGUUACCGGUGUGGAGAGCAGGGACACAUCGCCCGCGACUGUGAACAGACCGAGGACGCAUGUUAUAACUGUCACCGGAGUGGCCAUAUCUCCCGGGACUGUAAGGAGCCAAAGAAGGAGCGUGAGCAGUGCUGCUAUAACUGCGGUAAAGCUGGACACGUGGCCCGAGACUGUGAUCAUGCCAACGAGCAGAAGUGUUACUCCUGCGGUGGAUUCGGACACAUCCAGAAACUGUGUGAUAAAGUCAAGUGCUACCGGUGCGGUGAGAUCGGCCACGUGGCGGUGCAGUGCAGUAAGGCGAGCGAGGUGAACUGCUAUAACUGUGGGAAGACGGGUCACCUGGCGCGGGAGUGUACCAUCGAGGCCUCGGCGUAAACGCCUCCUCCCCUCUUCAUCAGACCCUCCUUUUUCACGUUGAUGGUUAUAUUAUUUUCUGGGAAUCCUCUUCAUUGGCUAAAGGUGGGCAGACAGAGGCUUGUCCUGGGCCCGUGAGCUGCUCGACAUGUUUAAAGAAAAAAAAAAUUAAGAAAGAAGGGGUUUAAAAUCUCUCUGCAUUCAGUAUCAGAUGUGUUUAGUUACGGUAGAGGUGUUGUGUAAUAAUGCUUUGUUUAAGAAAAAAAAGAAGAAAAAAAACCCUUUAACCGCGCUCUCCGGCGUGAUGACCAGCACGUGGAGCGGAGCGCGGUGUGUUAACGUGGGACCUCACGGCACUCGCUCGAGUCACGUGAGCCUCCGAGAGACGGCGGAUGGGAAAGCCUCGACUUCUGCUUACAGAUUUUUUGUUUAGAAUAAAAUCAGCAGGAAAUGAUGAGUUUGCUUAGAGUGUGAUGGCGAUAAAGUUCACAAACACAGGACUCCAUCUUAAUCCACAAAAACACACACACACAGAGUUUGGGCGCUACCCUGUGAGGAAAUGUUCUAUUAAUAAUACUGAUAACAGAGUUCUGAAAUAUGGAGAAAUCCUCUCUUUUACUUUAUUUUGAAUUCUGAGGUUUUUUUUUUUUUUUUUUUGGUACAUUACUCAUAAAUGCCUCAAGAUUCCAAAAACAUAAUUUCGUCAUUUCUAUCUUAAAUUAUCAAGACCAAUAAGCUUGUGGAUUUAUCACUAAUUUGCAAAAGAAGAAUGUUUUCACAGAAAUCAAAUAUUAUUUUUGUACAAUAUCACUUGGACUACUGUAAAAAAAAAAAUCAUUUUGCUUGUACUCUGUUUUUAAGUCAGAAGGAAAAGAUGCAACUGAAGUCCUAUAAACAUAGAAAAUGUAAUUUUAAACUAUCAAUAAAGCUGGAGGAGGAUCGGGAUGGCA